AUGAGAUCAAAACCCGCAGCACAUCCCAGUCUGGGUUCUGCACUUUGCGUCAUUUUGGUCUUCUGUCUUACAAGUUCUAGGGCCCAUGCUAACAGUUCAGGGAACUCAAUCAGCCUGACUGUUCAAAAUGAGGUUGGCAACAAGUCGAGCCCACUGCUAUAUGGAAUCAUGUUCGAAGAGAUGGAUCAUUCCGGCGAUGGCGGAAUUCAUGGACAAUUGCUCCAAAAUAAUGGAUUCCAAGGCACCAGUCUAAACAUCACAUCCUACGCAGCGGUGGGCAACGCGACAAUAUCUCAGGACUCGACAAAGCCAGUCAGCAAAGCAAUCAAGUCUUCUUUGAGAGUCGAAGUACCCAAAGGCAUAAGGGACUACGUUGGAUUCGCAAAUACCGGCUACAAUGGAAUCCCCGUGACAGGAGCCACCUACACCAGCUCAUUCUGGAUGAUGGGCGAAUACUCGGGAACCAUCAACCUGCAGCUUGUGGGAUCGAAAAGCGGCAUCAAAUACGCUGACCACAACUUGACUGUCAAGAGUACGAAAUCGAAGUUCACCGAGUUCAAGACCAGAUUCAAUACUACGUACUCCCUAGACGGAUACAACGAGUGGCAUCUAACUUUCGACGCCUCAAAGGUGGAUGGGGGCUCACUGAACUUUGGAUAUAUCCAGCUAUUCCCACCGACAUUCAAAGGGCGCGAAAAUGGAUUGCGGGAUGAUCUUGCUUCCUUUUUGGACGAGAUCCACCCUGCAUUUCUCCGGUUUCCUGGUGGAAACAAUCUCGAAGGAUUGCAAGUCGAUAGCCGCUGGAAGUGGAAUACCACAAUUGGCCCGGUUGUUGAUAGACCUGGAAGAGAAAGCGACUGGUUCUAUCCCAAUACGGACGCGAUUGGUCUAGAUGAGUAUCUGUGGUGGUGCGAAGACAUGGGCAUGGCGCCUCUCCUAGCUGUUUGGGCCGGAAAGUCCUACGGUGAUAUCAUAUCCGGACCAGAUCUCAAGCCUUUCAUUAAAGAUAUCAUGAACGAGAUGGAAUAUCUACUCGGAGACACCACGACGCAUUAUGGAAGAAUGCGAGCUCGAAACGGCCGUAAAAAGCCAUGGAAAGUCGACUUGAUUGAGAUCGGCAAUGAGGACGACCUCACCCGUGGCUGUGAAACCUAUCCUGAUCGUUUCAAUCAGAUCUAUAAAGCUAUUCACCACAAGUACCCGCACAUCACGAUCGUUGCCUCGAACGGGGACUCCAAGUGUCUGCCAUCACCGCUGCCCAAGGAUGUCAUCAUUGAUCUACAUCUCUACCGAAAGCCAGAUGACUUCGUCAAGUUGUUCAACCAGUUUGAUAACCAGCCACGAAACCAAUCUGUGAUGGUCGGUGAAUUUGGAUGUCGGAAUAGCUCCAGUGCGGAAGGCGAAUAUUGGCCAUACAUGCAGGGAAGCUGCAGCGAAGCUGUUUACAUGAUUGGGAUGGAGCGCAACAGCGACAUUGUCAAGAUGGCAUCGUACGCACCCAUGCUGCAGCAUUUUGAUUUUGUCUCUUGGUCGCCCACUCUAUACGGAUUCAACAACACCCCUGACUCAAUCACACCCUCGACAUCAUACUUCGUCCAGAAGAUGUUCAUGACUAACAAAGGCGAUACGAUUCUCCCAGUUCACUCAUCCGCUGAUUUUGGCCCGCUCUAUUGGGUAGCGUCGAGGACACAUUCCAAGUAUUAUUUGAAACUAGCAAACUACGGCACUGACCCGCAGACCGUAAAAGUGAGCAUACCAGGAACCAAGUCUGGGCGACUGGAGAUGCUCGCUGGUCCUCAAUACCAGGGUGAUACGCCUUACCACGCACAAAUUCAGACUGUCACCACCGGCGUCUUCAAUCCACAGGGCAAUUACUCGAUACACAUGGAGCCUUGGGCUAUCGCUGUUUUGGCAGUCUCUUGA